AUGGCUGUAGAGGGCCAGCUCAAACCUUUCAACAUGAUGGAGAAAAAAGUUCAACACUUCAGUAUAAGAAUUGGAUCAUCCAAGGUGGCUAGUAUUCAUUUGAAUAAACCGUGUGUGCAGACGGCAGCACCUGUGGAAGCGAGAUCUCAUAGAGGUCAGGCCCGAUCCAAGCGCUAUGCCAUCAACCCAUUGGGAUACAAGUGGGAGCAUUUCAACGUCACCUACAAGAUCACAAAGUUCCCCAACACACUGAAUAAAGAUGAUACCCGCAAAGCUAUCAGCAUCGCCUUCACGAAAUGGAGUGAUGUUUCUCCUCUGACUUUCACUGAGAUCACCAACCCCAACAAAAGUGCUGACAUCACUAUAGGCUUCUACACGUACAAUCACACAGAUUGUUGGUGGUCUCCAUUGCACCCGUGUUUUGACGGGCUGAACGGUGAGCUGGCCCACGCCUUCCUUCCCCCACGUGGAGAGAUUCACUUUGACAACCAUGAAUUCUGGAUUCUGGGCAAAUCCCGCUUCAGCUGGAAACAAGGUGUUUGGCUGAAUGACCUGAUCCAGGUAGCUGCUCAUGAAAUCGGUCACGCUUUAGGCCUCUGGCAUUCACGGGACCCUAAUGCAUUAAUGCACCCUAAUGCAACGUACACGGGUCAGAGGAACAUCGCUCAAGAUGAUAUCUGGGGCAUCCAGCGCCUUUACGGAUGCAUGGACAAGAAGCGAGUGUGUGAUCCUUGGGCCCGCUUGGGUUUCUGUGAGAGGAGGCGGAGCUUCAUGAAGAAAAACUGCCCGCAGCGCUGCGACCUGUGCUACGAGCCUCUGGAUGCAGUGUCUACACCGACACCUCCUCCUGAAAAUGUGAAGAUCAAAAUUGUGCCUCGUGGAAAAGUUGUGGGCUUCCGCUGUGGGACAAAAAAUACCAGAGUGCCUCCAAAAGUCAGCUGGUAUAAGGACGGCGAGCAGCUGCUGACAUCCAUUCCUGGUUAUAUUGUAAUUAAAGAUCGGGACCUGCGGCUCGUGGCCAAUGAAUUCAACGAAGGCACGUACACCUGCCGCAUCCAUCGGCGCGGUAACGUCGUCUCUGCCAACUCGUGGGCCAUCCGGCUGAAGCCAGAACAGUCGUCCAACAACAGCUGAUGGAGCGAUGCUGGUGUACUGAUCACAUGCUCUACCUCCAGGCCUCCAGAGCACUCAGACCGGCUCUCCUCCGCUGCAGCGCGCACAGCUCUGCUUGCCACUCAGUCAUAAUGGACGACCUGCACAAGUGGGGGUUUGCAACCUUCAUAACUCUGAGAUCCAAGACAAUAUUUGGAAGGACCACCAAUUCGAUUUUCUUUUGUACUUCUGCCGCAGUGAUGACAAAGGUGCUUUUUUAUUAUAAGGUAAACGCCACUUCUGAGGCAUAAUAUUCCGUUUCAAAGAUGCUUCAAAAAUCUCUGAAGGUUAAAAAAAAUAAAUCUUCACAAUUUUGUUUGCAAAGGUACAGUUUCAUACUCAGUGGUGCAUGUGAAGUCCCCAGUUUUUCAGUAGCCUUGAUUUGAGUGUUUUUAAGGGCCGUUCACACCAUAGACCAGGGAUCCUCAAAUCU